AUGUCGAGCUUGGCAAGGAGGUCAAGGAGGCAGCUCUCGGAGCUGGCUGCUCCCGCGUCGGGCGCGGGAUCGCCGGAGAGGCGGAUCUCGCCAAUGAGGGGCGUGGGGCCCGUUGUCAUAGGCCUAGGCCACAAACGGGGAUUGGGCGCGGGCAUACCGGGCGGCGGAUGCGGGCAUGGGCACUGGGUGCCAGUGCCCGGGCGGGCCAGGCCGACGGGGUGCGACGGGGCACUGGUGCAGGGGCCAGCGGUCGGAGGCGGGCGACGCGGGGCGAGGGGCGUGGCCCGACGAGCGGUGGCCGGGCGGGCGGGCGGCGCGAGCGGCGCGUGGCGCGGGCAGGCGGCGGGGGCAGCAGGGGAGGCUGCGCGCGCGGAGGCAGCAGCGGUGACACCAGGCAGCAGCAGCAGCGCUGCGUGGCGGCGAGCUACGGGGGCGACGUCGGCUGGAGGCGGCGCGGGGAGGCCGGCCGGCAGCGGCACAUCUGCAGGCAGCGGGGAGCAGCAGCAACACAGCGCGCGAGCGGGCACCGGGGUGCAGUGGCGUGCUGCAGGGAGGGGCGGGACGGACGACGCGGACGGGCGUCGGCGGAAAGCAGCACAACAGCAGCUGUCGGGGGCGUAG